CGACCGACCGGGCAUCACUCACGCGCCCACCAGUCUUUAGUGCAAAUCACUUGACGUUUCACUCUCUGGACAUCAGAUUCGGUAUUGAACUCCAUUAAAAGUGAGCAAGGUCGUUGCGCACAUUAUCACAGUGUCACGAACCGUUCAGCAUACGCAUCGAAAUCAUUGUUCAUUCGAGUGAUUUCACAAGUACAUAAAUAUGGGUGCAAAAGAAAGCGUGGAGGCUGCUAAAUUUUCUACGACCAAUUGGAACAAUUUCGAGCAUGGAGUGAAACACCACUAUAGGCACGGAACUCAGCGCUCCCAGAGUCUCAACCGUGGUCACUCGCUGUCGCGCUCCGAUGGCACCUGGUGACAUCACGGGACCACGGGCAGCGUAGUAACGUGCGCCGAGUGCGGGCAGCGAACGAUGGGCAACAAGCUGUCAUCUUGUUCUUGCGCGCCCAUCCUCCGCAAGGCGUACCGCUACGAAGAUAGCCCGUGGCAGAACUCCCGCCGUCGAGAUGGUCAUCUGUUGAGGCUUUGGGCAGAGGUGUUCCACGUAUCAGCCAGUGGAGCCGGCACCGUCAAAUGGCAGCAGGUGUCAGAAGAUCUGGUCCCAGUGAACAUCACCUGCAUUCAGGACUCGCCGGAAUGCGUGUUCCACAUAACCGCAUAUAACUCGCAGGUUGACAAGAUACUGGACGUUAGACUAUUACAGCCGGGUACUCGCAUUGGACAAGCUUCUGAAUGCUUCGUUUACUGGAAAGAUCCAAUGACCAACGACACCUGGGGCCUCAACUUUACCUCGCCUAUAGAUGCAAAGCAAUUCAGAGAAUGUUGCUCACCAUCAUUCAAAUUCUCACGUAAGGCAUCCUCGAGCUACAGCCUGAAGUUGGAACCGCCGGGUAGCAAACAAAAAUUCAAGACUAAAAGGAAACCAGUCUCAACACCGGCUAGUCCAAAUCGAUCAAGCCUAACCUACGGUCGUGAACCUCAGUGCACCUGCAUGACGCAAGAACAAUAUGCCCGAUUAAGAGCUCAAGAUCCAAGAUAUCGCUCCUCAACUCUGCCACGUACCACUACACGUGCCAUUGAAACAGAUGCAGGCGCUGCUGGUGGCCCGACCGGACGGUCGGACAAAGUCGCGGCAGCUACCUCCUCUACGUCACUCUACGACAACGUCACCAGCUCCCAGCCUGCGAACCAAGCCCCACCAAAACCGGCAGCUCGUCAAACAGAUACACAAGCACCAACACGACCUCCAAAGUCGCAAGAGACUUCGACUAUGACUACAAAUACUUCGACAGCUCCAAAAACUGUUACUGCCUCAGUGGGAACACAUGGCACAAACAUAAAUGAAGAGUCACAAACCACUCCCGGACAAGCCAGCCAGCACGGUCAAGACCUCAAGUCCGAAGGUGUUCAGGCUGGUGGUACUCUAACAUCCACCAAAUCUUCAGCUACUUCCACACGCUCUAAGGAGCAUUUACAGCAUAUGCCUAAGAGCGUUGAUUACGGAGAUGGGAAUGAAUCCUCCCGCGAGCAAGACAGACACACGAUGCACAAUCACAACGUUAUCAAUAACAACACAUCUGGCUCUCGCCGUACGAAAUCAAAGAGUACAGAAGACAUGAAUAUGGAUUCAAGUACUCUGAAGCGAAUGUUGAAACCAAUGCCCUCGACGGAGAGCCCCGUGACGUCACCAGAGAUGGGUCGUCGUCGAUACGGCGGAGCUGCGCCGUGUCCACCGACAUGCGGGUCCCACGGCCACCGGCAUCAACAGCACAUGCACCAUGGUCACUACGCCCACGUAGUGAAUAACAACAGUCGGCAGGGCUCUCAAAGAUACUCUUCCACAAACCGUGGCGUGGGUGUUGGUGCGGCACCGAGCGGUUAUCCAGGGCGAGGACUUUACUUAGAACUGGGUGGUGGAGAACGAGACCUCUCCCCACCAUCUGAUAACGUGAUGUUCGACAAUCAGUGUUACGCCACCACGCCAUCCUCAUCUAACGGCAACUCUGACCAAGAGCCUUGCCAACGUCGUGACCGAGACCCCCGACAACAUCAUCACGGACAAAAGCCUUGCCUUUCGCGUCAGGCAUCUCAGUCCAGUGCAACACCGGCCCCCGGGUCACCCACAUCUCGACUACUACUUGAAUACGAGAUGCACCUUCGCAACACGCUGGCUAAGGGUAUGGAUGCAGAGAGCUAUAGUCUACACACGUUUGAGGCUCUGUUGAGUCAGAGUAUGGAGGAUUUGGAAUACAACGACAACAUGCCGCCUUCAAAUCAGCGGAGUCCAUACCCACCUCGAAGAAGACCAGCUUCACAAUGCUCCGGUGGAGGCAGCCGCUCAUCAACCUUGCCUUUACCACAUCGCCUAGGUGUAGAAAGGCAGCAUAGUGCUCGCUCUGACCGGGAUGGUUACUACAGCGACCGCAACGAGCUGAUGAGGGAACGAGAGAGGGACCGGGAACGGGAUAGGGGGUACCUCAGCGAUCACAAUACGAGGGACCGCAUAAGAGACCGUGAUCAAGGAUACCUUAGUGAUCACCAGUCAAGUUUCGUAUCGGCAUCCCGUUGCGCAUCUUGUAUCGGCGAGUCGGCUCGCUCAGCGUGGUACCGUCACUCUGAUGGAUGGCGUGGGGCUCCACCACCCGGUCCACGGCGAUCACCCUGGGACUCCUUACCAAGUCUUAGACAUGAAGGCAGUCUUAACGACUCCGGAUAUCGCAGCAACAGGGCUGACAGCUUUGAGCAGAGAGGAGUAUUUGAUCGGCAAGAUAGCGUGCGAUCGGAGUAUACCAGUGAUCGAGAAUCUUCGCGUUACGGCAUCGUGCAACAGGCUUCGAUAGACAGUACGGACUCAAGAAUUUGUUACCUGACUUCUAGUGAGAUAUCGGACGAUGAUCGUAUGUCGCUGACCACAGCGGUGUCUGAUGAAGAGGAUCCGGGCGAGAGCGCAAUGAACUCGCCUUACAAGGGCAAGCAGACCGGGGCUGCGGCGGCCUCUUUCAACUGCACUGGGGCUGUAAGGAAAGCUGGAUUUUUGAGUGUGAAAAAAUGGCUACUGCGCAAGAAACACCAGAUUGAACUAGCUCGGAAGCGCGGUUGGAAAGGGUACUGGGUCUGUCUGAAGGGCACUACACUUCUGUUUUACCCUUGUGACUCCCGAGAGGGCCGUUCAGUGGAAGCCGCACCAAAACACCUCAUUAUAGUCGAUGGGGCUAUCAUGCAACCUAUACCUGAACAUCCUAAACGCGAUUACAUAUUCUGUUUGAGUACGGCCUUUGGCGAUGCUUAUCUCUUCCAAGCCCCGUGUCAGGUGGAGCUCGAAAACUGGGUGAAUAGCAUACAUAGUGCAUGCGCUGCGGCGUUUGCUCGUCACCGCGGGAAAACGGGAACGCUUCACCUACUUCAAGAAGAAAUUUACCGCCUCGAGAAAGCUAUAGAAUCAGAUCAUAAGUUGAAACAUAUGGCCGACUUGCAACAAUCCGUAGUCUCAGAUCCUGAAACAAGGGCGCAGUUAGCCGUACAGAUGUUGCAAUGGGAGGAAAAUCUAGAAAGAUUACACUGCGAACAAUUCCGCCUCCGAUGCUACAUGGCAAGCCUUCAAAGCGGCGAGCUUCCAAAUCCAAAGUCGUUGCUGACACAUGUCUCGCGGGGUACAAAGAGCACUCUUAACAAACUGGGCGUGUUCACGGUGUCAUCAUUCCACGCGUUCAUCUGUGCCCGUUCACCCUCCUUGCUGAACAACUUGCUGGCGGGUAGAGGAGCUACUAAACGUAGAGCACCUAAUCUAUCACGAUCUAAUUCGGGCUCGAGUCGACGUUCCAUGCAGAUGUCGCGUGAAGAAGGUGAAGCUGCGGUAAGGGUUUCGUUACCCGAAGGUACCACGGCAACGGUGGGGGUGCGUGAAGGGAUGUCGGUUGAAGAAUUCCUUGCGGCUGCUUGCGCACGGCGCUCACUUAACCCUCUAGAACACUUCGUGCGAGUUAAGAAACGGCGAGAUAUGGAAGAUCAUAAUUACUUUGUACCGCACAGGAGUGACCUCAUUGAGACAUACUUGCACACACACGAGGUGGUGGAAGUCUGCGCCAAGAUUUUAUACCAAGUGGAACUUCAACGAAAUACCCUGGAACAGAUGUGGGGUUUCAGUGUAGAGGCCGAGCUGAUUGAAAACGCAGAACGACAGGACGAACUCUGCUGCUACGUCAGCCGUGUCGAGGACAAGAGCGUUGCAAUGCAGAACGGUAUAAUCAAAGGCGAUGAAAUAAUGGUGAUUAACGGAGCGAUCGUAUCUGACCUAGAUAUGAUGUAUUUGGAGAGCGUAUUACAAGAGGAGCUCUCGCUGGUUAUGAUGAUGAGGUCGUCACGGACGGAGCCGCCUGAGCUGACCGGCGUGAUGCGUGCAGCCACGGACGAUAUAAUCGAUUCGCUGGUAUGCCCGCCACCGCCCAGCGAGCCGCCCGUCAUCUCCGACGACAUGAUAUCCGGUCUCAUCGUGCCGGCGCCAGCUUGGAGUAAAGAACUCUACAGUCCAGAAACAGAUGCGCACGGGGAUGCUGCGAGCACUGGCCCUCCCAAAGUGAGCUCUCGGACGAACUCCUUUGAGAUCGAGAACCUCCUUAAGAAGGGUGGGCGUGUGCGUGUGCGGCAGAGUGCGGAGCAGGUGACUGGGUGGUGCCGCUCGCCUGCCGACACGCGGCGCGGCAGUCCUACGGGCAGCCUCACCAGCGCAGCAGUCACACCCUCGCGACACCUCUCAGACGCCGACAAGCUGCGCAAAGUGCUUAUGGAACUCGUCGACACCGAACGCGCCUACGUCAAGCAUCUAAAUAACUUAUUGGAGAACUACCUGGAACCGCUGAAGAGGGAAACUUUUUUAUCGAACGCCGAGAUCAACGCUUUGUUUGGAAACAUACAGGAGAUAGUAACUUUCCAGAGACAGUUCCUACAAAACUUAGAAGAAGGAGUCGAGGCUGAACCAAAUUUUAACCACUUCGAAUUUUCAAAUCAAUUCAAGAAUGUUCUCUUCGCAGUUGGGAAUGCUUUCCUAUAUUACGUGAACCAUUUCAAGUUAUACAGUUCCUUCUGCGCCAGCCACAGUAAAGCACAGAAAGUUUUACACCCAAAUGAGGGAAAUCAAGCACUUCAGGAGUUUUUAGCUGCUCGUAAUCCAAAACAGCAACAUUCCUCGACAUUAGAAUCUUAUCUAAUUAAACCUAUUCAACGAAUUCUUAAAUAUCCAUUACUAUUACAACAAUUGAGAAAUUUGACUGACGUUAAUUCGGAAGAACAUCUUCACUUAGUGGAGGCUUUAAAAGGAAUGGAAAAAGUUGCAGAACACAUCAAUGAAAUGCAACGAAUACAUGAAGAAUAUGGUGCUAUAUUUGAUCACUUGUUUAGGCAACACCAGAAGUCUUGCAAACAACCUAUCGAUUUAAGUCCUGGUGACUUGUUAUAUUACGGCGGUGUAGAAUGGUUGAAUAUAUCAGACUUUUUAGGUAAAAUAAAGAAGGGAUUAGAGUUACACGCUAUGUGUUUUGUAUUUAAAUCAGCUGUCGUCUUCCUCUGUAAAGAAAGACUGAGGCAAAAGAAAAAGUUAAUGGGAGUUUCCUCCAAAAAUAACUCUAAUGAAGUAGAAAUUAUACGAUACCAAGUACUGAUACCAGUGACGGAGGUUCAAGUACGUGCAUCAUCUGCUAAGGAUAUGGACAGUCAUUUCUUAUGGGAGCUCAUUCACCUGCGCAGUCAACUACAACGACGCUCUGAAAAGGUCUACGUUCUGUCAAACAGCACGGCGGACUUCCGUAACGCGUUCCUGAAAACCAUACGGCAAAUCAUUCGUGAGUCUGUGCGAAACAUGUCACUGCCCAGCUCACGGCCCGCACCCUCUCCACCAAGAGCACCAGCCACUCUCGACAGACCGAAGCACCAGGUGCAUGUAAUGCAGGGAUCGCAAACGCUUGGGAAAACGAAGAAACCUAAAACAACGGGUCAGAGACUCUCAGCUGGUAACAUCGAGGUGGGUGACUUAUCACGAGAAAAUUCACAAGAUGCUGAUGAACCUCCUCAAGUAUCUGAACUAUCGUCCGAUGAAACUACGUUCAGGCAAAGAAGCAAGACCCUCUGCGAAGCAAUUGAAAGUGGUGCCAAGCGAACUCUGCCGCCGCCGCCCCCGCCGACCACUGACACGGACAAGUCGGAGGGAGGCUCCAAAUCAGAAGGCGAAGACGAACUGCCGCAACCGCCCGCCAAGCGAGGGUUAGGCCGUACUCCCAACCACCUCACCCUCAGCACUACUUCGACCCUGAGUGCUGGGAGUACCGGAAGCCAAGCUCGACUUAUUCAAUCUUCACAUCAACCUACCCAGUAUCAACCGACCAUGGUCAAGGAAUUAGGUAAGCAAGGAUCACAGUCGCUGAAAUCGUCACCGGAGAGGAGGAGUUCAUCUGCAACAACAGAGAAAAAAAUCAAAGUUAUCCGUUCGGGCAGUGGUAGUAGCAUCAAUAGAGAUAGGUCACCGAAUAGAUCGGUCGAGCAUAUAUCACCUGAUAGAGAUCGUGUAACUAAAGUCAUUAUUUGCAAAUCCCCAAAUAAAUCCAGUUUGAAACAGAAUAAGACCCUUCAUAGAUCACCAAAAGGGAGCUUCGAUCAAUCUAAAUCCCCACGUGGGUCCAUUGACAAAUCACGGUCCCCUCAACAAAGUUUCGAUGGCUCGAGGUCUCCCCGCGGAAGUAUAAUGAAAUCAAGGGAGAGCAGUCUUGAUCGAGCAAGGUCACCAAAACCUGCCCCGAAGAAAGGUAUUAUGCGAACACCGCAAGCCAGUUUCGAUAGAUCCCCUUGUAAAUCGCCAAAUACAAGCCGUCGUUCAUCUAAAUCGAGUGGCGAAAAAUUAGCUAAGAUCGGUACUAACUCUCUGGAUAGAAUGUCUCACUACUCACAACUAGCUAAAGUUGAAGAUAAGGCCAUGAAAAUGGGUAUCGUUGUCUCAAAGUCUACCGAGUCUAUUGCUAAAACCAUCGAGCAUCCGACCUGCGUCGAAUGCUACCUCUCGGGAAAGAGACAGAGUAAGCCAUCUUAGCAUAAGGGGAAGGGCAAACAGCCCAAAGCUCGUAGGAAGUCUCUGAUGACUCAGUCCAUUCUGAUGUCAUCCGAUCGCAGCAGCGUUGAGACCCUAGAUGACUCCAGUCAAGAGCGUGGACAUUGCCCUUCCUCAAGACAUUACCAAAAGAAUGACUUUGAUCAAAUACACGUUUAAUUUGAUUCUAACUUUAAUUUAAACCUACGAUGUACCUUACUUAGAAUAUAUAAUUUAACAGGUGACUUAAUCGAAUGCUUGAAAUUGAAUUGGUUGUUGUGAUGUUGCUACUGCUUGGGCGUAAUCGACU